AUGGAACUCCGUAAGCAAUGGGUGGAGCAACAUCUUUUACCCCAACCUUAUGAUACAAAUUGCACAUUGUUUAAUCCUAUAGGAAGUACAGAAGAAAACUUUGACAUAAUGGAAUGCAUCGAAACUUGCGCCUUCCAUCUUCACAUGGAACAAUAUGGAUGUGCACCGCGUUCAAUAAGUAUUAGUCACAUGGCGACAUUGUGUAAGAGAGAGAUAGAAAUGCUACUUUUAACCGAAGUUGCAGACUAUGGGAAUACGAUUUUGAAGCCAGGACUUAUAAUCGCAGUUCAUGACAGAAGGAAGAUAGUAAAUCCAUUCCAUUCCGGAGAUAUUUUGUACGGUGGGAAUAAGUAUGAAUACAACAUUAAGAAAGAGAUUCAAACCAGCCUGUUACCAUCUCCCUAUGACACAAAAUGCACGGACUAUUUGUCUUCAUGGAUGCAGAGAAAUGGGACCGGUCCUCUUGAUUUUCAGGAGUGCAUGUUCAAGUGUGUUUUGGAUGCAUUAAAAUUGGCCAAUUAUUGCAUUCCUAUUGACUUUCCCUUACCUCACAAGGAGAGAAUUUGCAGAUAUAUGAAUCGGUAUUCGGAAAUGUUUGAAGAAGGCUGCGGAGAUCAGUGUGGCAAAAAACCUUGUUUGUAA